UGACGUAGUUAGGGGGCAUUGUUUGAAGAGCAGGGGGGUGCGUGCCACAGUUGUCUAGAUAUAAACUCGCCGAGAAUUUUCUUUAGCCAUAAUUCAAGUCUAAUUACUAGCAACACUUGAAUUUACGUUUAUCAAAUAAUUAUAUAUAGCGGCCAUGUAUUAGCAACAUAGACACGUACGAGUUUGUGUUGUAACAAAGCUGAAGUUGGACAGCUAACGUUAGCUAGCGCUACUUCCUCCAUCAGACUAGAAAUGAGUGUUAAUCUUAGCUAUAAUUUAUAAUUGAGCCAACAUCAGUCUUUUUCGUUAUGUAAGUAGUUAGUUAGUUCAAGUAAAGCACAAGUUUUGCGUAAACUCACCAUUGUGAGAAUAUUCAGGCUAACGUUACUGCUGUAGCUAGUUAGCACCAGAUGAGGAAAGAGAACUGAAUUGUCAGGCGGUUAAACAUUUUUGACGUUCAUAUUUUUUAUUCACCAUAAACUGGUGUUUUAGGUUCAUACUUAGCACCGCAAGCAUAUCGUUUAAUGUAGUUGGCUAGCUUUAUGUAGUGUUUUUUCACGUGUAACUAAGAUUGUUCUAGCAGGAAGUAUAGUAACCUUAAGAGAAUAGCUUGGUAGAAAAUGGAGUAAAGUAGCUACAGUAGUCCAUCCAUUGAAAGCAAAAGUAACGUUAGCUUGUUAUCCUUUUGGAAGCUAGCUUUAUACAUCGGGAACCCCACAUCUCAUUUGUUUCAAGUUGUGGCAAAAAAAAAAAACGUUUCUCAAAUAACUUUGUAUAUACCGCUAGCAAGUUAUGACAAUCCCUUUAUGUUGAAAACGAACGUUAGCUGGCUAGUUUGCUGCUAGCUUCCGACCGAAUGCUGCUACCGAUUGCAUAGCUUUCUAGACAGCUUGCUAGCGUGUCACUUUCCCAAUUGCAUCCUAAAGAUGUCGAACGCCAUAAACGAAGGUCUGUUCUUGAUAAAAGACGUGAAGCCUGGAUCGAAAAAUUUAAAUAUCGUAUUCAUUGUUUUGGAAAUAGGACGGGUAACCAAGACGAAGGAUGGCCAUGAGGUGCGUUCCUGCAAGGUAGCGGACAAGAGCGGAAGCAUCGCCAUCUCUGUCUGGGACGAGCUGGGCAGCCUCAUUCAGCCUGGGGACAUUAUCCGGCUGACCAGAGGCUACGCCUCCAUGUGGAAGGGCUGCCUGACCCUGUACACUGGAAGAGGUGGAGACCUGCAGAAGAUCGGAGAGUUUUGCAUGGUGUAUUCCGAAGUGCCUAACUUCAGUGAGCCCAACCCAGAUCUGCUAGCCCAGAACAACCAGCAGAACAAGACUGGCAAAUCGGAUCAGAGGGGGAAUUCUCCGCCUAAUCAGAAUUCAGGUACACCUGCUCAGUCAGGUAACGGUGCCAUGAUACCAUUUGUCAACAACAACAGUUCUCCCUCCACUCCUCGUGACCCUGUCUUUGGGGGUGUGGGGAGGACUAACGGCCGUUCCCCUGGCAGCACAGCUCCUCCAAUGUCCGCUGUGGGACCUCCCAGUGCCCCCAAGCCUUCGGUCACUAUUAGCAAUGGCAGGGACCCCCGGCGUGCCAAGAGAUGAAACUGGCAUUAGGGACAUCUUUCCCACGACCUCUUAACCCCUACCCCCCCACUCUCCUUUCCAUCUACCUUUUGAACAAGCCAAACCUGGCAUUCACAACAUUAUCACUGAAAAAGACUAGUUUCUGAUCUGCAACUUAUACUGGUUAACCUAGGCGACGUUGUCUUUCUCUAGUUGAGCUAAUCUUUGUUGGUUAUGCUGUCAAUUGCAUAAAGCACCUCACUGAAUAAUUGUGACCUAAACAUGAACACAGUAGCAGGACUUGCAAAGCUCUGGACAUGAAGUAAGUUUACCCACUUCCACCACAAUUGCCAAUUUUGUGCCAAUGUUAUUGACAACCCUCCCUGUGCCUCCCUCUCGCCCAUCUUGUUGGCUGAAACUAUACACCCUACUUGACCACUAGAUGCACUUUCUUCUCUUUAAGUCAAAGUGAAUGCAUCACUAAUUUGAUUAAGUAACGGAUUACUGCUGAUGGGGAAAGCCUUACGUAGGCGAAACAACUUUUUGGACAGAAUUAACUAACAAAACCCCCCUUGGAAGGAUCACAACUCCCUUCUCAACCAAAACAUAUCAAAAGUGACUGAAAAGAAAGGUGAUAGUUUGAUUUUUAACGGUAGGUCAAUUAGAUUUAGUUGAGAAUGGCUACAGUUUUCUUGAGGACUAGUUUAUUUGCUGUCCAGUUAUGAACAAUACAUUUGUUAGGUGGGAACACUUAAGAGGUUCACCCAAAUAUAUUUUACUGACAUUUUGAUUUCUGUUUAAUCUCUGAGAUAGAUGGUGAAGUAGCUAAUGAGUGCAAUAAAUAAUAUUGUCACAUUUAA